AAUGGCUUUGCCGUGGUGCGGCCGCCUGGACAUCACGCCGAUCCUUCCACCGCCAUGGGAUUCUGCUUCUUUAACUCGGUGGCCAUCGCCGCCAGGCAGCUGCAGCAGAAAGGGAAACUCGGCAAGAUCCUCAUUGUGGACUGGGACGUUCACCACGGCAACGGGACUCAGCAGAUCUUCUACAGAGACCCCGACGUUCUCUACAUCUCUUUGCAUCCCGAGGGUGGGUUCGUGUCCGUGCCCUCCCCGUUGAUGCCCGAUCCUGCCCAGUUCACCCAGCUGGUUGGUGCUGGUCCUGGCGAGGGAUUUAAUGUCAACGUAGCCUGGACCGGAGGGCUCGACCCCCCCAUGGGUGACCCCGAGUACCUGGCUGCUUUCAGGACGGUGGUGAUGCCAAUCGCUCACGAAUUCUCCCCCGACGUGGUGCUGGUGUCGGCCGGCUACAUGACGAAGCAGCUGAGGAGCCUGGCCGGCGGAGCCGUCGUCCUGGCGCUGGAAGGUGGCCACGACCUGACGGCCAUCUGCGACGCGUCCGAAGCCUGCGUGUCGGCCUUGCUGGGCAACGAGGUGGGAGCUGGGGCUGUGGGGCUCAUGAGGCAGAAACCCAACCCCAACGCCGUGCGCUCCUUGGAAACGGUGAUCCAGGUCCAGAGUAAAUACUGGGUGGCCGUGCAGCGCUUUGCCUCCAAGCUGGGCUGCUCCUUCCUGGAGGCUCAGCACCACGAGGCGGAAGAGGUGGAGACGGUCACGGCGUUGGCGUCGCUCUCGGUGGCCGUGAUGGUGGAGAAGAGGCCACGGGACGAGCCGAUGGAGGAAGAGGAGCCCAUGAACCAGUGA